GAUGAAGACGGCUGUGCAUCUUACUUUCUCUCUCGCUCACUUGCCAACGCCAGUGUCCGCGCCUUCGCAUUAGGAUUAGCAACAGCUGACUUUGACAGUGCCUUGCCUACCCGGCCUACCCGUUGUUGUCCGCUACUUCGCCGGCUUCGCGAGAUCCAGACUUUCUGGUAUAAUGACAAAGAAGUCAGAAAGGAAGUCCUGUGACUACUGGGCCCUAGUCCAGGACUUGAGGGAAAAGGACAAGAAGCCCUACCUCUUGAAGGCCUUGGACCUCUUUAGCCUCAAUGGGGCAAAUGAGGCUAAGAGGUUCAAGCCUAAGCAUGACAAGGACUUCACCAAAAACGAGUAUGGUAGGCUCGUGACUGUAGAGGGAAAGGAAUGCUUGGUGCGCCACACCAUCUAUGCUUUGAGCUCAAGUGCAAGUGAUCUUAAGACCAGGUUCAAGGAGGAAAAAAGGGUUAAGAAAGUCGGAACAAGACUCUCCAUUGGCCCGGUCUGUGAACCAGCAACUAACUAUUCCUUUCCCGACCUAACUCGAAAGGCCAGACAGGACAAGAGAGAAGAAAAAGAAAACAUUCAAAAAGCAAAGGCCAAAGGUGGAAGUGACACUCUGAAGAGACAGGAAAGGCAGAAAGAUGAAGAGAGGGAGAGGAAGAGGAAUGAAGAGGAACAGUUGAAGAGACAGGAAAGGAAGAAAGAGGAGGAGACGGAGAAAGAGAGGAAGAGGAAUGAAGAGGACCAGUUGAAGAUACAAGAAGAGAGGAAGAGGAAUGAAGAGGAACAGUUGAAGAGACAGGAAAGGAAGAAAGAGGAGGAGAUGGAGAAAGAGAGGAAGAGGAAUGAAGAGGAACAGUUGAAGAUACAAGAAGAGAACAGGAAGAGGCAGGAGGAGGAAGAGGAUGAGGAGGAUGAGGAGAGGAGGAAGACAGAAGGUCAGAUGGACUUGAAUUCAAAGUUGGAUUGUGUUCUAGCUGAGAUAGCUGGCGUCAAGGCGAUUGUUCUUAAAUUAGGAGGUGCUGCAGAAGCUGGCAACGGGGAUGAUGAUGAUGAUGAUGAAUGUGUAGUUGAGCGAAGAAAGAAGAGCAAACUUGGCGAGCUUCCCACCAAUUUAAUCGAUGAAGAGGAGGUUGAAUUUGGCAAGGUUAAAGUUGGGAAGCAGCGGUAUGUCUCCAUGGAAAAAUUAAUUGUUGCUGAGAGGUCACCUUAUUUUACUAAUAGGGUCGAGACUCUCGCCCAAGAUUUUUACGAUGACGUGGGGAAUUGUUCUGUGUCGAAGAGUAAAGGCCGUACUCUAAUUGAAAAUGCAGAAAUUAAAUCUAUCUUCUGCAUUUUAAAGGCCAUGAAGUGGUCCCAUUCGGCCACACUCUCCCUGAAGAGAAUCAGGGCUAGGCUGAUUCGCUUCACGUCUGAAAUGAGGAAGAAUGGGAACAGCAGAAAACGCAAGCUGGAAAUGUCAGCAGCAGAUGGGAAACGCAGGAAGAACUCAGAUGAAAGUAGUAGUAGUAGUAGUGAGGGAAGGAGUGAGACUGAGAAUGGUAAUGUUAAUGGUGAAGGUACAGAAAAUGGAAAUGAUAUUGGCAUUCUUGAUAGUGUGGAUGAUGAAAUUGAAGAUGGUACUGGAAGUAAGGAAAAAGAUUUAGAAGUUAGUGAUGAGAGUGGGGGUGAGUGUUCCAUUCAUUUGGAUGACUCAACUCUAAGUGUGUUUCAAAACUGUUAAUAUUUGUGGUGCUGAUCACUUGUAAAACCAACUUGUAAAACUAAUCCAUACCCUGAGAAUUAUUAUUUUAACUGGUGGUACUGUAGGAAUUGAUUGUUUCAAAGCAUCAGGGUAGCAGGAUGAUAAUGUACAUAGAUAUAUCUGUGAUUUGUUCUGUUAAAGUGCAUACCAGAAGCACUUAUAGUUAGAAUUUUCUUUUACCAAGCUUCUGUGCCACAAAUACGUUAGAUUAUUUGAAUUUUUAAUCGCCCUUUCUGUUUUGAUUUAUCAUACCAUAUAGAUCAUAAUUAGAGAAUUUAAUAAAAGUGUUUAAAUAAAUAAAAAUUGCACU